CCAGCGCAGUCCACCAUCAACAUGUCCCCUUCUGAACUCUCGGCAUCUCAAGCAUCAGCACCAACGCUCUCCCCGACAUCAAACAUCCCGGGCAAAGCAUUUAACCGCAUCAUCCAAAUAUGGCUCGAAAAUACAGACUACGACGUCGCUGCAGGGAAUGAAGACAUGAAGUGGCUAGCAACCCAAGGAAUUGCACUAACCAACUUUUGGGCCUUGACCCAUCCAAGCCAGCCAAACUAUCUUGCUGCAGUGGGAGGAGAUUCGUUCGGAAUGGAUAGUGAUGAUUUCUACAGCUUACCUUCAAACAUAUCGACUAUUGUCGACCUCCUGGAUAUGAAAGGGAUUUCUUGGGGGAGCUAUAUGGAAGGGAUGCCAUAUGCAGGGUUUCAGGGGGAGAAAUAUAGAAACCAGGAAAAUGGCGCAGACAACUACGUUCGAAAGCAUAAUCCACUUAUACUCUACGGCUCGGUAACAAGCAACGCAACGAGGCCAAGCCUCAUCAAGAACUUCACGUCACUAGACGAAGAUAUCAGGGGAAACAAGAUGCCGCAAUGGUCCUUCCUAACCCCCAACAUGACGAACGACGGCCACGACACUUCACUGCCCCACGCUGCAACCUGGGCUCGCUCCUUCCUGACUCCACUCCUAGCAAAUACGUCAUUCAUCUCUAAUUCCACUCUUAUCCUCCUCACCUUCGACGAAAACCACCGCUAUCCAAUUCAAAACCACAUCUUCACCAUCCUUCUCGGCAAUGCGAUUCCCGAUUCGCUCCACGGAACCGAAGACAACACGUUCUACACCCACUACUCCAUUCUCAGCACUGUGCAAGCUAACUGGGGUCUACCGAGUCUAGGUCGCUGGGACUGCGGCGCUAAUAUCUUCUCCCUAGUAUCUAACGCUACGGGCUAUGUGAACUGGAAUGUUGAUCCCAAGAAUUUGUACUUCAACACCACAUACCCUGGUCCAUUGUCCAAGCGCAGAUAUGUCCCCAAUUGGCCGCGGCCAGAGACUCAAGAGGCUUGUGCGGCGGGGAAUGGGGUCUGGGAGGGUGUAAAGAGGGUAUGGGGGGAUGGCAAGGGAGCGAUGAAUUAUACGUGGCCUUAUCCGGUAGAUGAGAUGAGUGGGAAUAAUGUGGGUGGAAGU